AUGGCAGAUCAUACGGUACAAUUUACAACUACGAACUCUACGCAAGAGGAAGAUGUCUACCUUCGGAUCAUUAACAUUCCCGGGUUCUGGUUGACUUUAGCUGUAGUUGGCUUCGCAAUGUCUGCAGUUAUUGUGAUUUCGAACGGUGUCUUGCUUCUCGUGAUUUACAAGAAUCCUUGCAGAUCGUUUCGCUCGCCCCCAAAUCUCCUCAUCGCUAAUUUAAGUGCCUCUGAAUUUCUUCUUGGAAUUUUUGUUGUAUACUUAGUAGCCUUGAGGGAUUUGUUCCGAUAUCUAAGGGUAGCUGUACCAUAUGUGGGAGUCUUCAAGAAUGCCAUCUACGUAGUGCUUUCUGCAACGCUUUUUGUGGGCAGCUCGACCAUCGUUGCUUUGUCAAUAACUUGCUAUGUUGCCAUCAACAAACCGAUGGUGUACAAGACCAGGUUCACUGAAGAGAGAAUGAAGAUUUUAAUUGGCUUUAUAUGGAUUGCAGCUGUCCUAAUUUCCUUUCUUCCAGCAACAGAGUUGCCUGAGAGGAUAUAUUGUCUCGUAUAUCUCCAUACACACGUUUCGCUACCGGCCAUGUUGCUGCUGUUUGUGUACAUUUACAUAUUUCGCGCGCUUUCCAGGCGAACUCAAGAGGUUUAUCGUAGCUUCAAAAGCUCCUCAGGGAUGCAAAGGAGACAGACUCUGGCUCGGGAAAGAAAUAUGCUAGUCGCUGUCGUGACUAUUCUUGCGUUGUUCUUCAUCACAUACAUUCCACAGUAUACUACUCGUCAUUUAUCGUAUUUUUGCAAAAGCUGCACUGACUCAGCUACAUUCCAUCAAAUUGACAUCAUCUCUUCUCGUUUCUUGUUUCUUAGUUCUGCGAUUGAUCCAUUUAUCUACGCCUGGAGGAUCAAAAAAUAUCGCCGAGCUUUGAAAAAUUGUUGGAAA